AUGCUCUGCCUUAAGCAAAAGCCCAUUCUGAAGCACUUACGUGUGCUUUCUUUUUCUGGUCAAGCGAUCCGUAAGCUGCCUGACUUUUUGGGCGAAUUGAUUCAUCUACGUUACUUGGACCUUUCCCACACUUUAAUUGGUGAAUUACCUAGCUCGAUAUGUUCUUUGUAUAAUUUGCAAACAUUGUUGUUGUCAAGUUGUUAUAAUCUCACUGUGUUACCAGAAAACAUUGGAGACCUCAUUAAUUUACGCCGUCUAGAUGCAAGUGAAACCAACUUAGCAGAGAUGCCAGUUGCAUUUGGAAGGUUAAAGAGUCUUCGAGUGUUGACUAAUUUUGUUGUGAGCAAAGAUAGUGGGUCAAGGAUCAAUGAAUUGGGCAAGCUUUCACAUCUUCGAAGUACACUUACCAUCUCAAAGCUGGAGUUUGUAGUCAAUGCCAUAGAUGCUUCAAAGGCCGACUUGAAAAGUAAAAAUUAUCUUAAUGAGUUAGUUUUCCAAUGGAACUCUGACACCCAUGAAGUACAAACUGAAACAAAAGUACUCGACAAUCUGCGGCCUCAUGAAAAUAUGAAGAAGCUAACCAUUGAAAACUAUGGUGGUGCAAGGUUUCCCAAUUGGUUAUGUGAUGCCAUUUUUGCUAACCUGGUAUUCCUACAUCUUAGCAGGUGCAAAAAAUGUAUGGCCUUGCCGCCACUAGGGCAGCUAUCUUCUCUUCAAGAGCUCCGCAUCUCAAAGAUGGAAAGAUUACAAAACCUGGAUGCCGGAUUUUAUGGGAACAGCCACAUGGGAGUCAAGCCAUUCAGAUGUUUGAAAACUUUGUGGUUUGAGGAUUUGCCUAAUUGGGUGCAUUGGAUACCUUCUACAAAUGAAGGUGAAGAGUUCCCUUCACUCCAAGAGCUUCAAAUACAAGGAUGUCCUGAAUUAAUUGGGAGCUUACCAAAGCACCUUGGUUCCUUGACAAAAUUAGUGGUUUCUGGGUGUCGGAAGCUUAAGGCUUCAAUACCGAGAGUCCCAACUUUGAAAGAAAUGAAGCUGCAUUGUUUGGAUGCUUUGACAACCCUGCCUGAAGAAUUGUUGGGAGGCAAUUCUUGUUUCCAACAAUUGGAAAUAGUUAACUGCCCCUCACUCAUUUCCUUUUUUGGAGGUGAUUCUCUUACUACAUUAAAAUCAAUUUCUAUUUCUUACUGUAGAAAAUUAGAGUUCUUCCAACCUGAGAAUGUAAUGCACCAAUUUGGAGUUCUUGAACGUUUGCAUAUAUCAAAUAGCUGUGAAUCUUUGGAAUCUCUGCCAUUAGGCAUAUUCACCAAGCUUCAAUAUCUUCAUAUUAAGGACUGUGAGAAUCUCAAGUCCCUUUCUACUCAAGAUAUGGUUCUCACAUUUCUUCAGGAAAUUAAAAUCAAGGAUUGCCUAGAGCUGGAAUCACUUCCUGGAGGGGGGUUGCAUACUUGCUUACCAUGUCUUCUGAGAUUGGAAUUAUCCAAUUGUCCAAAGCUCUCUCAAUUUUCACAAGGCAAUUUGCCCCUUAACUUGCAAUCUCUGAUUAUUAGUAAUUGCAACAAUCUCACACCUCAAAAGGAAUGGGGUUUACAUGGAAUGGUGUCUCUCACUUGUUUUGAGAUUGAAGGUGGCUGCAGUAAUGUGAAGUUUUUUCCAGAAUAG